AAUCUAUUAAGCAUUAUUGAAAGAUCAAAGUCUACUGAACAUGCGAAUAUGCGAUAUUGUACAUUGCACAACGCUAAACGUAUCUGUCUCACAUCUUUCAACAUGCUACGUACGGUUAUCAACCAAAAUGUUCGACAAUUCAGUGCUAGUGCACAAUCCUCGAUAAAAUGUCAUCGACUGGAAGGAAAAGUCGCGAUCGUAACAGCAUCCACAGACGGAAUAGGUUUUUCAAUAGCGAGACGUUUAGCGCAGGAAGGCGCCAAGGUAAUGAUCAGUAGCCGUAGGGAAGCAAACGUGAAGAAGGCUGUAGAGGAACUCAAGUCUGAGGGUUUACAAGUCGCUGGUACCAUCUGCCAUGUAGGAAAGGCAGAAGAAAGGAAGAAUCUGUUUGAAAAAACCAAAACUGACUUUGGAGGCUUGGAUAUUUUGGUGUCUAACGCAGGUAUUAAUCCGACAGUUGGUCAAGUAUUGGACAGUGAUGAAGAAAUAUGGGAUAAGAUUUUUGACAUUAAUGUCAAGUGUACGUACCUGCUAAUGAAGGAAUCUUUGCCACUUCUUAAAUGCAGCAAAUCACCUUCUAUUAUUAUUAUAUCUUCAGUUGCUGGAUAUCAGCCUUUUAACUUACUGGGCAUAUAUUCAAUUAGCAAAACUGCUUUAUUAGGUCUGAUUAAAGCUACUACAAGUGAGCUUGCAGAUGAGGGAAUCCGUGUAAACGGUAUCGCGCCAGGAGUAAUAAAAACUAAAAUGUCAAAAAUGCUUUACGAGUCAGAAGAAAGUCACGAAUUGGUUAAAAUGAGUAAUAGUAUGAGAAGACUCGGAAUGCCCGACGAGAUUGCAGGCACAGCUGCAUUUUUAGCAAGUGAUGAUGCUUCUUAUAUUACUGGUGAAACUGUAAUAGUGUCUGGUGGAACAAACUCAAGGCUCUAAAUCAUUUUGUAAUAACAUACUUGUUUUAUAUUAUUCUAUCUGCAAUUUACGUUUGUGCAAUAAUAUUGGGAAGUUCUUUUUUAC